AUUAUUUACGUACUAAAAGGAAGAAAAACUAUUGCCAAAAAAAAUUGAAUUCAUGGUCGAAGACGAAAGACCUGUGGUGCCUCGCUCUUGAAAACGGAAAAAACAACAAAAGAAACAUCUACUACGGCCAUAGCCCGCGUAUUUAUGUAAUAUGUCAGUGGAAAAUAGUUGACGACAUCCCAAUAAAAAAAUUACAUUAAUUUGCAAAUUGAGUUCUGGAAAUUUUAUUAUCAACUACCAACUUACAUAAGGUAGUGGAUAAGAGUUUGCAAGGGUGAAAAAGGGUGGUGACCCCAAAAAAAAACAAAUAAAAAUGUUAUCAUCCAAAGUUUGGAUAAGUUUGGUGGACGCACAACAGCAGGUUCUGUUGCUGUCGACAGCAUUAUCCACACAAAAAUUAUCGAGACGUUACUUGACACCCAUGCAGGCUUACGAGCAGAGGCUUCAAUCGAAAGAACUCUUGCCCGAUAAGGAUCAAAAGCAGACCACCCAAGAAUUAGAGGAUUUGUACAAUACCCUAAAAACCUAUCAACCUAAACCAGUGAGGGUAGAAGCUCCCGGCGGAGGGGGAUUUUUCGGAAGAUUCAUGAAGAAGGAACAAGCGGCUCCCAAGAUUGAACUACUCAAUGAAACGGCUCCCAAGGGCAUGUACAUCUAUGGCAGUGUGGGCGGAGGUAAAACCACGCUCAUGGAUAUGUUCUACAAUUGCUGUGUGGAUAUACCCAAGAAACAGCGAGUUCACUUCAACUCUUUCAUGUCCAAUGUGCACACCCUCAUUCACAAAGUAAAACAGGAACGUGGACCUCAGGAUCGUGCUUUUAACUCGGAAAAACCUUUACCCUUCGAUCCUACGCUGCCCGUUGCGGAAAUGAUUGCAGCCGAUUCAUGGCUAAUAUGUUUCGAUGAGUUUCAGGUCACCGACAUUGCGGACGCCAUGAUACUAAAAAGUCUGUUUACCCAUCUCUUUAAUGAGGGCAUAGUGUGCGUGGCAACAAGUAAUCGCCACCCCAAUGAUUUGUACAAAAACGGCUUGCAACGCAGUAAUUUUAUUCCCUUCAUUGGAGUUCUAUUGAAUCGUUGCAAUGUCUCCGCCAUGGAUAGUGGAGUGGAUUAUAGGCGCAUAGCCCAGUCGGGGGAUACAAAUUAUUUUGUAAUUUCACAAACCGAUGCCAAGGCACAAAUGGAGCGUAUGUUUAAGAUUUUAUGCUCGCAGGAAAAUGACAUCAUUCGUCCAAGGACCAUAACACAUUUUGGACGUGAUUUAACAUUUCAGAGAACAUGUGGUCAAGUUUUGGAUAGCAAUUUUGAGGAGCUUUGUAAUAGGCCCCUGGGUGGCAGUGAUUAUAUACAAAUUGGUCAGUUUUUCCACACGGUGCUCAUACACAAUGUGCCUCAGUUAACGUUGCUCUUGAAAUCCCAAAUGAGACGUUUCAUUACCUUAAUCGACACUUUGUAUGAUAAUCGGGUGAGAGUUGUCAUUUCGGCCGAUGUACCUUUGGAUCAGUUGUUUUGUUUUAGCGAUAAACCCAAAGAUUUUGCUGAUGAUCAACGCAUGCUUAUGGAUGAUUUAAAACUUACUGCGAGUGAUACCUCGGCCAGUGUGUUCACGGGCGAGGAGGAAAUGUUUGCCUUUGAUCGCACUAUUUCACGUCUAUACGAAAUGCAAAAGAAAGAAUAUUGGGAGCAAUGGGCUAAACAUCGUUAGAAUUUUCAACUGGUGAUUUAUCAACAUCCUAAUUCGCUGAAUUUGCAAAAGUACUUAUAAUAGUUCAACAUUUUUUUUUUUUAUUUAUAUAUGAGUUUUAAUACCAACCAAUUAAUCGUUUAUGAACGUACAAAAGUGUCGCAUUCUUAACUUGCUAAUCUUUCCCUUAUCGAAAGCAGGCAACUAUUUUAAGUAAUGGAUGGCAUUCUUGCAUGCAUUAAAAUAUGACGGAUGGCAUGCAUGCAUGCCAUUAUCCUGAGUAUUCACAUUAUGUUCCAUUGUAAAACAUAGGUAAAUUUAUUUUCGAAAAUAAUUAGCUGCAAUUUUGUUUGUUUACAAAAUAGGAAAAUAUUACAACGAAAAAUACGAAUGCAAUGCGAAUUAUUUUUUUGACCUCAAAAGGCUUAGUGUUGUAAAGAUAUGAAUAAAGAAAAUGUGUAAUAAAAUAAACAAAAUAACA